GGGCCCAUUCAGGCUAUUCAGACGACGCGCCCAGCCAAGAGAGGCUCGAGAGGCAAGAAGACGCAACUUGCUUCAACGGGCGACACUCAGACCGCCAGAGAACAACCCCCCCCCAAGCUACUACCCCUACCCUCUCUCGCAACUACCCCAAAGAACCACCAAACAAUAUGGCUGACCAACUCACGGAAGAGCAGAUCGCAGAGUUCAAGGAGGCAUUCUCCUUGUUCGACAAGGACGGCGACGGCACGAUCACCACAAAGGAGCUCGGCACCGUCAUGCGCUCGCUGGGUCAGAACCCUACUGAGGCUGAGCUUCAGGACAUGAUCAACGAGGUGGACGCUGACGGGAACGGUACUAUCGACUUUCCUGAAUUCCUCACCAUGAUGGCUCGCAAAAUGAAGGACACGGACUCUGAAGAGGAGAUCAAGGAAGCCUUCAAGGUGUUCGACAAGGACGGCAACGGCUUCAUCUCCGCCGCCGAGUUGAGGCACGUCAUGACCAACCUUGGCGAAAAGCUCACCGAGGAGGAGGUCGACGAGAUGAUACGGGAGGCCGAUGUCGAUGGCGAUGGUCAGAUCAACUACGAGGAGUUUGUCAAGAUGAUGAUGUCCAAGUAGAUAUUGUCCGUCAUACUCUUCGUAUCGACAAGGACGAUUAGCCAAAACCCGCCUUUGAGUUCGCCGGAUCCCCAACUAUUUGUACAGAUCUAGACAAUUGUAAACUUUUGUAAGAAAAAAACCCGUCUUCUCCCUCCCUGCGAAC